AUGGCUUUGUUCCUCUUACCGCUGCCUAUUUUAUUAAUAUUUUCUAUUGCUAAGAGUGCUCAUUCUGAUUGUGUUAAUCUAAUACCAGGAGCAGAUUAUUUAGCCCAGCACAAUUUGAUUACACUCGAUUCUUUACAAUCAUCUUCGCAUGUUGGUUUGACAACGAUAUGUUGUGGAAAUUUUACUGGAACAGGUUCGCCGAAGUUUGCCAUUAACGCAGAAACAUUUCCCCCGCAAAACGUCAGUUUAGCCAUAUCUGGGUACGUUUUCGGUGGCGGACAAGUUGCAGUGAAUCAUGGAAGUUGCACUGUGGGUUCAUCAAACACGAUUCAGAGUACAACUUCAAAGCAAUAUGUGAAUGGAAACAUAUUUAAAAUGAGUGGUGGCUCUGGGUCCACCCUCCGCAUAGAUACGACACUCACUGAACAAUGCAACAGAAUUAUACACGACAUAGAAAUGUUAUCCACAAUAUUAGCUAGUAAACCUUCAAACAAUAUCGUUAGCAUUCCCCAAAACUCACCAACUACUCUAAACUUCAUUGUCACAACGGUUGAUGCCCAUCAAGUGGCCUACUUCAACGUAUCCUGUUUGGAUACAUUUCAAAAUUCGAAUGUACAACAAAUUCUAGUAACUAAUACCGCAAACGCCCAACUAAUCGUUAUAAACUGUUACGGACUCGCUGUAACAUAUAACAAAAAUAUGGUAGGUGACUGGUUAGGAGGAUCCAAAGGAAGAAGUCAAACAGUAUUCAACUUCGUCAACACACAAACGUUGACACUUACAUCGGAAUUCUGCGGGACACUCUUAGCACCAUACGCCACUGUCAACACAACUGCAGUUAUUCGAGGUACCACCGCAGUACAACGCUUUAUACAGACAGGCGAAGUGCACGGACCAACAACACAAUUUCCAUGCAUACCAAACAGCGAUUUGAAACUAUCCAUUGACAGUGCCUGCAAUAAUGCAGAAGAUUCUGGAAUAAUCUCGACAUUUGACGCUUAG